AAGCGUGCCAGACGUGCUGGAUCCGAUGGCGAUUUAUUAUUUUUCGUCUAUUUUUCCAGUCACCUUCUCUCUCCGCUCUAUGUCUUUUUCUCUCAUUAUGCGAACAGGAGAGAGCCUGGCUUCCACGCGAAAAGCAAGUGGAGAUAUGUAUAUAUAUAUAGAGAGAGAGAGAGAGUGAGUGAGUCGGAAAAUUAGGAGGGGAGAGUUGGCGGCGAGCUUGCGCGGAAGUCGGCGAACGGGCAGAACGAAACGGAAGCUUGAGGCUGAACCCGCUAGUCGGCGCUGGGCCAGGCCACGCGAAGCGCCUUGUGGUUGCGGGAGCUUGGCGAGAGGAGAGCUGCCUGCGCGGCAACCUCUCUCGAUGCCUCAACGGCGGGCUAAUGAAACCUCGAGAGCGCCGCGUUUCCGCUUGAAGCUGCCCGCUGACUCGCGACACGCCGAACGUUCCAAAAGAUGCGGUACCUCAAGAGGAAAUGCCGUUGCCUCCAGCUGAAGAGGACGCACCGUGACCACCGACGGCCGUGACAGGAUCGUCGAUCACCUGUCUGUCCCCGUCCCAAUCUUCGAUUGAAGACAAGAAAAGAAGAGAAAAGAAAGAGAAGAAAAGAAAAAAAAAGAAAAAGUUUCAGUCUCCUCGGUCGAGAAAAGUUUCAGCCUCAAACAGAAGAGUUGCUUGUCACCCUGUGUUCGUUCUUCGAUCGACGAGGAAGAUCAUCGGUGAAACGUCGAGUUCCCCCCGAUAGAAUUUUUACAGUUUUACUGUUCGCGUGGGAAACGGUGGUGCGCCAGGCAAACAGUGUCGUUUCGGCGAACGUGUGUCGCUCGGGUGUCAACGGUAUCGCGGAUUAUGUUCGACGAGCUUGUGCCGGGACCAAUCGAGCCGGAGGAUCCCCAAACGUCCUUGGAUCCCGAGUGGACGAAGCAGCGGUGCCUCGUCGUCGACGAGGCGAGUCAGUCGUCGCGGGGAGAUCGACGGAGAGGUUCCGACGAGAGGAAUCGUCGGGACAACGUAUCGAGCGAAUCAACAUAACGAUUGACUGAGUGUGUGUGUGUGCGUGAGAGAGAGAGAGAGAGAGAGAGAAAUCGAGAGAGAGAGAGAGAGAGAGAGAGAGAGAGAGAAGAAGAAGAAGUUUUUUAAUCGUCGUUGUUGACGAUCGACGAGAGGGGGGGACGAGCGUCGGGGUGAACCUUCUCGGGGACGCUCCUCUCUCGGCUCUCUCGCGGUAAUUCGUGGCCUUGCAACGUGGGAGCAUGCUGACGUCUUUCUCUCCGGGAACGUGUCAUCCGUGGCUGCUUCUCAAGCUCCACCGUUACAAUCCAUUGCGAUCAUUCCCUCAGGCGUGCUAACGUGACUGGAGGAUUUCAUUAGAGGAGCGAGCGGAGACGGAGAAGGAAAUAACGAGGAGAGAAGAAAGGAGAAGGAACGAGAGAAAAAAAAGGGGUGGAGAAGAAAGACGUCAGAGGACGUGAAGGAGAAGCGAAACAAAAAAAAAAAAAAAGAGAAAAAAAAGAAAAGAAAAAAAGAGAAAAAAAGUAGAAAGAGCGGUGGAAUUACGGGUGACGACGGGUUCGUUCGCCCCCGUUGAACCAAUUUAACGUAAUAAAGUAAGUGUACGGUUGGCUGGAGGAGAGGGCGAGUCGUCCUUUGCGAGAAGAAGACUCCUGAAGAAGAAGAAGAAGAAGAAGAAGAAGAAGAAGAAGAAGAUUCCCGAGGGCGGUGUGUGUGUGUCUCGCAGCGGAGCAAACAGGCGGCCGUACCGUUUUCUUCCUAAUUACCGAUAUUAUCGAGCACGCUGGUUGGCGGGUCCAAAAACGUAGAGUAUUUUUAAUACACACACGUAUACAUACACACAUACACACACACACAGACACACAGACACACACAUACAGAGAGGCAGGCGCGUGGCACGCGUUAUUGUCUACGCGUGCGUGUGCCGUGUCCCAGGUGGCUGGUAAUUAAGUGUAGAAUUUAAUCGACGUUUAUCGUUUUAACCGUUGUUUCGAGAGGAGGGCGAAGGGUGAAAAAAAAAGAAAAAAAAAAAAGACAAGCAGAGACGACGAAACGUGGUCCAACUCGAUAGAGAAACGAUCUAUCCUAACGUCGCGGUCCAACUAGUAGUGACAUAGUUUUAUCGAUCCGUUGUUCUUGCGUGCGUGCGUGUGUCACGCGUCGACCGUGCAAGACGCGUUUAUUUUUUACGACUCCGAUCGCCGAAUUGUAACUACGCGAGCGUAACUACGCGGAACGCGCUAGAUAAACGCUAGAAAAAGACCUGUGCAUCGCGUCGAGUGUGUCCGUGUUUUUUCUUUUUUUUUUUUUUUUUUCCUUCCCGCGAAACAAGCGUCGUUUAUCGACCUCGUCCCCUGCGAAAUCGUCGCGCGCGCGGCGCACGAAGCGAACCGCUUUUUCUCCGUUUUAUUCACGCCGCGAGAGAAGAAGAAGAAAAGAAACAAAGGCACAAAACAAGAGAAAAGAACGUUCCCAUCCCUCUGCUAGCGUGGAAAAUCACCGACGCCUGGUGAAUUUAAAGAGAAAGCAAAAAAAAGAAAAAAGAAAAAAAAGGAAAAAAACGAGAGAGAAAUGAUUGUUAAAGAUUGAACAGUUUGCAAAGGAUUUUCGCAAGAAUAUGUGAAAAAUCACGGAUAAUCGUGACUGCUUCAGAGUGAUGAAUAGGUGAAUUCGAGAAAAGGGUUUUUGCGUUGCCUGGAUUCGGGGGUGAAUCGGUGAAUAUAAGAAAAACUCAGUAUGUGCGAUCGAGAAAGGCAUUAGCUAUGACGACUUCGAGCAGAUACAGCAGCUACAACUGUCUUACCAGCUGGGACAGCUACGACAGAAUACCAAGAGUUCGUGUCGAAUAUUACGUGAACGAAAACACGUUCAAGGAACGACUUCAACUGUACUUCAUCAAAAAUCAACGUUCGAGUUUGAGGAUACGAUUGGCCAACCUGUUCUUCAAGCUGUUAACAUGCUUCUUAUACAUAUUCAGAGUCAUCACCGACAGCGACCCAACUUACGCAGCAUGUUACGGUUGCACGCCUGGCAACAAAACCGAGUUCCUCGUGUCGCAGAAUCUUACCGAGGAGGAGUUUCAAGAGCACCCGACCAUCAACUGGGACGCGAUUUUAUGGGUGAGGAGACCGUUGGAAUUGUGGGUCGUCCAGGUGAUCCUGGCAAUAGUAUCACUUACCGAAGCGUUGCUGCUCGCCUAUCUGGGUUACAAGGGAAACGUCUGGCAGCAGCUUCUCUCAUUUCACUUCAUCCUGGAGCUGGUCAACACCAUUCCGUUCACCAUCACGCUACUUUAUCCGCCAAUGCGAAACCUGUUCAUCCCGGUGUUCCUAAACUGCUGGCUGGCGAAACACUCGUUGGAAAACAUGUUUAACGAUCUACACAGGGCCAUGCAAAAAUCCCAAUCAGCUUUAAGUCAGCAACUGAUGAUCCUUAGUGCUACGUUACUGUGCCUUGUCUUUACUAGCGUAUGUGGGAUCCAACACUUCCAGAGAGCGGGGCACAGGCAUUUGAAUCUAUUUCAAAGCACGUACUACGUUGUAGUCACGUUUUCUACGGUCGGCUACGGGGACUUUGUACCUGACAUUUGGCCCUCGCAGCUUUACAUGGUCAUCAUGAUCUGCGUAGCUCUUAUAGUUCUACCUACCCAGUUCGAGCAGCUGGCUUUCACGUGGAUGGAAAGACAAAAGUUAGGCGGCUCGUAUUCCUCGCACAGAGCGCAAAGCGAGAAACACGUGGUGGUGUGCAGCACAACACUUCAAGCCGACACCAUUAUGGAUUUUCUAAAUGAAUUUUACGCCCAUCCCCUUCUACAGGACUACUACGUUGUAUUAUUAUCGCCGAUGGAGCUGGAUACUACGAUGAGGAUGAUUCUACAAGUGCCCAUUUGGGCGCAGAGGGUAAUUUAUAUUCAAGGAUCCUGCCUGAAAGAUAGCGAUCUUACCAGGGCGAGAAUGAACGAGGCUGAAGCCUGCUUUGUUCUUGCCGCAAGGAAUUACGCUGACAAAACCGCCGCUGACGAGCACACGAUACUCAGGUCGUGGGCGGUGAAGGAUUUUGCACCAAACGUUCCUCAGUACGUUCAAAUCUUCCGUCCGGAGAAUAAACUUCACGUGAAGUUCGCGGAGCACGUGGUGUGCGAAGACGAGUUCAAAUACGCCCUUUUGGCGAAUAACUGCACGUGCCCUGGUGCAUCGACCUUGGUUACUCUUCUACUGCACACUUCCAGGGGACAGAAAGGUCCGCGUCACAUAAUGAAGAAGACGGACACCUGUUACUACAUGAGCAUCACGAAGGAGGAGAACUCGGCGUUCGUGGUGGCGAACAACCAAACGGGUACCGGGGCGGAGGGCGGCACGCAGGUGGUGGUCGAGACGAAGACCGACGGCACCGGUAACAGCAACUCGACCAGCAACACCACCACCAACAACACCACCACCACGAUGAACUCCGGCACGAUGGCUGGCACCACCACCACCACAACCACCAUCUCGACCAGCUGCACGAUCGCCGGUGGUGAUGGGAACGGUACUGCAAACAAGCCCGGUGCCAACGAGCACCGUCCGUAUUCCAACAGUUGUAACAAUGCGCUGAACGAAACAGCUUGCUGCAGGCAGGAGACGACCUGCACGGGGCCCCGUGGACAGAACGUACAACACGGUACACAGGCACACAGGGCCCCACAGGUUAUAUUGCAGGUCCUCCCUAGCACGCCUACACCACUCGAACACCACAACAUACUCGCAUCCGAUGUCCACCCAACCUAUCUAGAUCCUGGGGGAUUCGGCGACUCGCGACAAUGUCUGAAAGACGGGGGAUCUACGCCGCAGACACCGAUAACCGGAAAUCAUUUGGACGUACCGAGAUCCCUAGAUCCGAAUCCCAAUCUGCUCAGUCCCGAAAUUCUUACACAAAGAAGAGGAAGCAGAAGACCAAGUAUUUUGCCAGUCCCGGACAUGUUAACUAGCUCGACGUUGCAUCUUCCCGGUCAGGAGUCAUUAGAUCACGAAGGUGACGAGUCUGAGGACGAAAUGGACGACGACGUACCCUGGAGAUCGCCCAGCGAGAAAAUAGCUUUCAAAGGGAUCGUUAAGGGAUUCCCACCUGUUUCACCCUUCAUUGGGGUAUCGCCAACGUUAUGUUAUCUGCUGAAAGAAAAGAAACCGCUCUGUUGUCUUCAGCUCGCCCAGGUGUGCCAACAUUGUAGCUACAGAAAUGCCAAAGAGUACAACUGGCAGAAUAAGACUAUAAUUUUGGCAGCUGAUUACGCCAGCAAUGGGAUCUAUAAUUUCAUAAUUCCCCUAAGGGCUCAUUUUAGAUCGAAAACUUCGUUGAAUCCCAUCAUUCUUCUGUUGGAACGGCCGCCGGAGAUUGCGUUCCUCGACGCGGUGUCUUACUUUCCUUUGGUGUACUGGAUGCGAGGUACCAUCGAUUGUUUGGACGAUCUCCUCCGCGCCGGUAUCACUCUGGCGGAAAAUGUCGUGGUCGUAAAUAAGGAACUUAGCAAUUCCGCGGAGGAAGACACGCUGGCUGACUGCAACACUAUCGUCGCGGUUCAGACAAUGUUCAAGUUCUUUCCUAGCAUAAAAAGCAUAACGGAGCUCUCGCAAUCGAGCAAUAUGCGCUUCAUGCAAUUCAGGGCACACGACAAGUACGCUCUUCAUCUCAGCAAAAUGGAAAAGAGAGAAAAGGAGAGAGGCUCGCACAUAUCUUACAUGUUUCGAUUGCCUUUCGCGGCUGGCAGUGUCUUCAGUGCCUCCAUGCUUGACACGCUUCUCUAUCAAGCGUUCGUGAAAGACUACAUGAUAACGUUCGUGAGAUUGCUGCUGGGUGUGGACCAAGCGCCAGGAUCUGGAUUUUUAACAUCGAUGAGAAUCACGAAGGACGACAUGUGGAUCAGAACGUACGGCAGAUUGUAUCAGAAACUGUGUUCCACUACCUGCGAAAUUCCUAUCGGUAUUUACAGAACGCAGGACACCACCGUCUCGGACACGUCUCACGGCGAUUCAGACGCAGAGAGCGACGCCGGCGUCGGCGUGACGUACAAGGUGCGUCAUUCGGCGGCAGCUUCGUGCCUUGCGAAUUGCGCGACCCGCGACAAGGGUGCCUCAGCCGUGAGUACAGAGUCGACGUUGCCUGGUCGCCGUAUUAUUAUUACUGUCUCGAUCGACUUCUUCUUCUUCUUCUUCCUCUUCUAUAUGUUUUAUAUUGUUCACGCCACAUGUACUUUCACUCUUUGUAUGAUCCUCUGGCGCGGUUUCUCUCGUGGAAACAUUAUUCUAAAUGUCGAUUUGUUUCCAGAUAAAAUAAAAAACGCAUCAAACGCAGUAUUAUUGUUACUGAUGUUAAUGGCUGUGUACUCCCAUUAUAUGGUCAACGACAAGUUUGAAAGGAUUGCACCAGCAUUGGUAUUCUUUUUCAUGCUAACGGGCAGACUAGUGAUAGAUUGGCAACUGAGACGGGAGGACACAAAACCGAUAACGGCAAAUGGUGUAGAUGAUAAAACCAAGAAACAAGAUUGAACUCGAAAUUCCUAAUACGUAUUUGCACGAUUAAGACAUCCUUUCGAUUAUCAUGUCAGUUAUCGCCUACAACGUAUCGCGUAAAAUAAUCGCGUUAAAACUAAUUAACUUUCCAUACACGCGACAAAUAACUCUUUUGUUUGAUUUUCAAUUUACUUCGCGAUAUUCAACAAUGCUUCAACCCUGUUGUUGUUUUACGACAACCCAUUUCUUUGUGCUAACAACACCUGAAUUUAUUAGAAAACGUUCUAAAUUUUGAGAUUCUCGAAAACUAUAAAUUUCUAUUAUCAUUAGCCAACAUUAUAUAAAUGUUGACAAAGAAUGACGAAGUACUAGCUCAAGCAUAAGAUGUAAUAUUAACUGCCAUUCAAAUCAAUGUGUUCUUCUUAAUAUCGUAUUGAGAUGUAAAUGCCCUCGGACGAUAACUGAAACAAUGUCGCAUUGUAACGCACAUGCGUGCUUUCUUCGUAUCUAUAUUUUUACUUUUUUCUUUUUCAAGAAGAAAAACACGUAUUUCAAAACCGAAUGAAAAUGUACAAAUUGAAAAUUAUUCGUACAAAUAGUUCAAGCAAUAACAAACUUUAUAUUAUCCGCAAUUAAAACUAAAUCAUUAUUGUAAUUUGUAUAAUUAAUUUUUUUUUUUUUUUUUUUUGUAGUCGUAGACGAUUUGUUUUAUAAGGAGAACAACGUGUAACAUUUGUCAAUUGUAUAUUUAUCUUUCAAAUAUUAAGUUCACGAUCAAUAAAGAUAAUGAGUUAAGUGGAGGAUAUCUGCGAGGUAUUGUAAUACAAAAAUAAAGAUAGCGAAGAAACACGUGGUAAAGCAUAUUCAUGUGAAUGUACAGUAAUACUUUUGUUGCAACAUUAAAAUAUUAAUUACGCGAAA